GCUUCAAAGGGUCAUAAAUAUUGAUCCCUAUACUAGCACUGGUUCCGUCGCUCGGGGCUUCAAAAGGGCGAAUACUAACGGCAUUGGCCCGUUUCCUAGGAACAUCUUUACUUGACAAGUUUUACAACCAAUUGUUGCUCUACCGGGACGACGUGCACGACUACAUUUUUUGCCGGAUAGGGGCCAAGUAUAGCAGAAAUGGAUGAACGUAGCUUCAUUCAGCUCUUGGAGAAUAUCCUUACUCGUGCGUUCUCCUCCUUCCUACACACCCUGCCAGCCCUUCUUUGCUGAAUUUUUUGCUCCGUUUGUGCAGCGGAUACGAAUAUCGUCAAACACGCUACGGGAACUCUCCGCCGCGACUACUACUCGAAACCGGAAUCCCUGCCCGCCCUUCUCCACCUCUUGCGGACCCAUCUGAAUCCUCAAAUCCGUCAGCUCGCGGCUGUGGAGGCUCGAAACCUUGUUCCUAGAUUUUGGGUAGCGAGGGACAAUGGCCCUUCGCAGAUUCCGGCGGAGCUCAGAAUCCAACUGCGGGAGUCGAUUCUUCAGUCCACACUUGAAGAGACAAACCCCUUGGUCAAACACUCCUCGGCUCGCGUUAUAUCUUCCAUGGCUAAGAUUGAUUUGCCGGCCGGCGAAUGGACGGAUCUUCCGGGUUUUUUGGUACGGGCUGCCUCUUCCGACAGAGCGGAGAACCGCGAGGUUGGCGUCUACAUACUGUUCACCCUAAUUGAGUCCUUGGAGGAAGUGGUUGCGGACAAAUGGCAUGAAUUCCUACCCCUAUUUUCUCGGACCAUCAACGACCAGGGAAGCAUGGCUGUCCGUUUGAAUACCUUACUGGCUCUUGGGAAGAUGGCCGAAUCCCUUAAUUCCGAGAAGCAUCCCGAUGGCGUUACUGCAUUCAAAGAGGUCCUUCCAUCAAUGGUUGCGGUUUUGAAAGAACUCGUUGAUGCGGGGGAUGAAGAGAAGGCUAACUCGGCCUUCGAAGUGUUUCAAACUUUGCUGAUUGUCGACUCAAGCCUUAUUUCGAGCCAUUUCCGUGACUUGGUCCAGUUCUUCUCGGAUUUGGCUUCUUCAACGAAUGUGGAUGACGAUUUCCGCUCAAAGGCUGUGUCCUUCCUUAUGUCCUGCUUGCGUUACAAGAAGAUGAAGAUGCAAUCGUUGAAAUUCGGCGAGCAGCUCACCCUACGCGCUCUCCAGAUUGUGACGGAAUUUAGGGACCUGGAAGAUACUGAUGAGGUGUCUCCUGCGAGGUCUGCGUUGGGGCUACUGGACUACCUUUCUGGCUCCCUCCCGCCAAGUCAGGUGGUGGUGCCGUUGCUUAAUGUGCUUCCCCAGUAUACUGGUAGUCAAGAUCCGGAAUAUAGAAAGGCGGCGGUUCUGGCUUUGGGAAUGUGCGUGGAAGGUGCCCCCGAUUUCAUUGCCACUCAGAUUAGCACAAUAUUCCCCGUCGUCCUUCAACUUUUAUCCGAUCCCGAGGCUAGGGUCAGGCAGGCGGCAUUGCAUACGGUUGCGCAGUUGGCGGAUGAUCUUGCAGAAGAUAUGGGUAGGGAGCACUCGCGUUUGAUCCCGGCCCUUAUUAGACUACUCGAUUCCCAUGAUGGAUCGGACGCUUGGAAGGCAGCAUGUCACGCUAUCGAUGCCGUGCUUGUCGGAAUCGACAAGAAGGAUGUUGAGGCCUACCUUCCCACCCUCAUGCCGAGAUUAUCCGAGAUGUUCCAGAGAGAUGAUCUGAAGUUGAAGGCUGCUGCUGUGGGAGGAAUUGGUUCUACCGCACAGGCGGCUAAGGACAGUUUUUCACCUUAUUUCCAGGCGACCAUGGGUGCUCUGUUCCCCUACAUUUUGGUAAAGGAUUCAGAAGAUGAGCUAGACUUGAGAGGCGUUGUCGUUGACGCUAUGGGAAACAUUGCGGAGGCUGUUGGGAUGCAGGCCUUUACACCCUACGUUCAACCUUUGAUGGAAUCUACUAUGGAUGGUCUCAAUCUGGGCCAUCCCCGUUUGCGAGAAACCAGUUUUAUGUUUUUUUCCAUUAUGGCUAGGGUUUACAGGGAGGAAUUCACGCCUUUCCUUCCGAAUGUCACCCAAGCUCUAUUCCAGAGCCUGGAACAAACAGAAACUGAUAUUGAUGUGGAGAUCGGCGAACUCGCGAAAGAUACCAUAAUAACAAGUGUUGGUGCUAUGGGCACCCAAAAAGUCACUUUGGGGGAGGAUAUACGGGGUGAGAUACAACCGAUAGAUAUUGACGCGGAUGAUGAAGAUGACGCUUUAUGGGAUGAGUUGAACGCUGUCAACGCAGUCGCUCUGGAGAAGGAAGUUGCAGCCGACGUUAUCGGAGAAGUGCUCAGCAAUUGCAAAGAAGGCUAUCUUCAGUAUUUGGAGAAGACUGUUGAGUUACUGGCCCUGAAAGCUCAACAUCCGUACGAGGGUGUCCGAAAGGCAAGUAUAAGCACGCUUUGGAGGUCUUACGCUACCCUUUGGCAAGUGAUGCAAAAUAGGGGAAUGGGCAAGUGGCUUCCUGGAUUGCCAUUGAAGGUCCAGCCAUCACCGGAGUUGGUGCGUCUCGGCAACGUUGUAAUCAAUUGCACGUUGGCUAAUUGGAGCAUCGAGACUGACAGGCAAGUUGUGAUUCUCGUUUUGAAGUUUUUGUUUUUGGUUAUACUAUCUUUACCUUUUACUUAUCGCUCUUGUGAAAAGAUGGGUGUGCUUCGUUAUACCCAUCUUAUCCAGAUACCCAGGUGGCACGUGCUACAAGCGCGAAUUCACCUCUGGCUUGUUACUUUCCUUUUCAAGAAUUGGGACCCGCUGACCGUUUGGGAGUGUCUGCUAACGCUGGUUUUCGUAUAACUAGAUCUACUGUAACGGAUAUCUGCGUAAAUGUCGCAGAGACACUUUCUCUUUGUGGGCCUGCCUUUUUAGUAGAUGCUACCGGAACCAUUAUGACUGAGCUUGCAAGUCAGCUUGUUCUUAUCUUGAGGAAGCAACAUCCAUCCCAACUCGGCGAGGAAGACGAAGAGUUUCCUGAGCUUUACGAAUCUUCCGAAUGUGAUUGGAUCCUGGUUGAUAGUGCGAUGGAUGUGGCUCUUGGCCUUUCUAAAGCUCUUGGGACUCAGUUUGGGGAAAUUUGGAAGUUGGUGGGAAAUUUGCUCAUAAAGUACGCCUCAUCCUCGGAGGCGGUAGAGCGUUCGACAAGUGUGGGUGUUAUUGCCGAAUGUAUCAAAUACAUGGAGGAGGGGUGUACACCAUAUACAUCCGUAAGUUUGUCAUCUUAGUGUUUUACCGAAAUUGGUUAUUGUUUGUUUCUUGGACCCUUUGCUGACUUGCUCCAGCAAUUAAUGAAAACUCUCCUUCACCGAUUGUCGGACGAGGAUCAAGAGACAAAAUCAAACGCUGCGUUUGCUAUGGGUAUGCUUUGCAUAAAGUCUCAGGCAGUGCAGGUUAUUACCAGUAAUUAUGGUACCAUUCUUCAUAAAUUGGAGCCCUUUUUGCAAGCGCAGAAUCACCGGAUGUUGGAUAAUGCCUGCGGCUGUAUUGCUAGGAUGAUAAUGGCACAUCCUAAUAGUGUUCCGCUUGGCGAUGUUCUUCCCGCCCUUGCAGGACUUCUACCCCUUAAGGAGGAUUAUGAAGAGAACGAGCCAAUUUAUAAAAUGCUUGUUCAACUCUGUUGGUUAUCCCCUUUGUACCUUUAAUCACUCUUUAAUCACUCGUGUCACCUGUUAUUAACAUUUUCUUAGAUAAAGACUCCAACCAAACUGCUUUCGGAAUGACGCAGCAGUUUGUCCCAAUAAUCGCCGCCGUGCUCUCCCCACCGGAAGAACAAUUAAUGCUUCAAACCCGCGAAGAGCUUAUUGGUCUUGUGCGAUUCUUAUUCAAGACCGAACCGGGUGUUAUACAGGGCUACGAUAACCUGAUCUCGCUCGCCAAUUAAUUAAGGAUAAAACCUUAGCUACACUUGAUAGAUUUCUGUUCCGUUUACAGCUCCUCUUUUUUAUUUUUCUCUGGAUAAUCCUAUUUGUGUUUUGUUUGGGGAAUAGAUCAAACGUUAGCGGGGAGGUUAUUUGACCUGAUUUUUUCGCUUUUUUCCUGUUAGCUGUCAUAGCACCUGUUUGGUAUGGGUUAAGGAGCGGACCGGUUUUGCUCAUUCUGGGUUUUCUUCCAUUCGCUUUCUUUCGGGUCGACAGAUAAAAACUUUAGUACUAUUGAUAAAAAAGGUGGGCAAUGGUAUAGGGUUUAGAAGGGUUUAUGGUCUGCUUUUCUUUGCUGUUAGCCUUCUGCAAAUCUUGAAAUAUUGUUUUUAUUGUCAUUUAUGGGCUUACUGUAAGUUAAUGCUAGCUUUGAAAAUUUUAAAAUUACCCGAGUAUUUCAAAUUGGGUUUAUCUUUCUGGC